UUUCCCUCUAUUAGCCAAGAAAAACUUUGCAACUUUCCUUCGCUUGCAGAGAAGAGCUGCUGCUGCUGGGUUUCAUUUUGGUUUUUUAAUUUGAGGUCACGUGCACGUUGGCAGUGUCUUUGAAUCUAAGCGAUGGUCUCGUCUCUAGCUUAGAAAGAGCUUUUGAGCUCUUCCCUCUGUUGUUUUCUCUCUGUUCAGGAACAAAGAGAUUUUUCUGCCUUUAAUUAAAAGGAAUAUUAAUUCUCUGCUCCUUUGUUGAGCGACUUGAAGACACUCUGCAAACGUCCGUCUGCUCAGCACUGCGGUGGGGUGAGCUCUGCUAUGGUACGGGGCAUGGAGAUAUGGGGGAACCAUCCCAAAACCCCACGGCAAACACGGAGCAGCAGCUGGGGAGGAUGCUGACAGCCCCGGCGCCCGCGGUCCUCGGGUGAGGAGCCCCACGGGGCCGAGCUGCCACCCGGGGCGGGCGCUUGGGUCUCUGGAGGCGGAUAAAGCAGGUCCCCGCACGGCGUGUUUCCUCACAGGGAGAAGUUUUGAGCGUUGCUUUUGCUGUGGUUGGGGAGGCAAGCGGAGAUGAACUUGGCUGUGCAAAGGGAUUUUUCCCUGCCUGCUGCCUCCCGGCAGGCCCGGCCGGCGUCCGUGCUGGCAGAUAACGCGGAGACGCGAGCUGCCACCAUGCCCGACUCGCCGGCCGACGUGAAGACGCAGUCCAGGUCCACGCCGCCCAGCAUGCCUCCGCCGCCGCCGGCCAUCACGCAGGGAGCCACACGCCACCCCUCCUUCACGCCAAACACCAAUCGAGACGCUGGCCCUCCGACGUUUCUGCCUCGCGGCCGUUUUCAUGGUUGCUUGAAAUGGUCGAUGGUCUGUCUUUUGAUGAACGGGAGCAGCCACUCGCCGACCGCCAUCAAUGGGGCCCCGUCCACCCCCAACGGGUUCAGCAACGGGCCGGCCACCUCCUCCACCGCCUCCCUCUCCACCCACCAGCUCCCACCGGCCUGCGGCGCCCGCCAGCUCUCCAAGCUCAAGCGCUUUCUCACCACGCUGCAGCAGUUUGGCAACGACAUCUCCCCCGAGAUCGGGGAGCGGGUGCGCACCCUCGUCCUGGGGCUCGUGAACUCCACGCUCACCAUCGAGGAGUUUCACGCCAAGCUCCAGGAGGCCACCAACUUCCCGCUGCGACCCUUCGUCAUCCCCUUCCUCAAGGCCAACCUGCCCCUGCUGCAGCGGGAGCUGCUGCACUGCGCCCGUAUGGCCAAGCAGACCCCGGCCCAGUACCUGGCCCAGCACGAGCAGCUGCUGCUGGACGCCAACGCCUCCUCGCCCAUCGACUCCUCCGAGCUGCUCCUGGAGGUGGGCGAGAGUGGCAAGAGGAGGACGCCAGACAGGACCAAAGAGAACGGUUUGGACCGAGACCCUCUGCACCCCGAGCACCUCAGCAAGCGGCCGUGCACCAUGAGCCCGGCGCAGCGCUACAGCCCCAGCAACGGGCUGAGCCACCCGCCCAACGGGCUGGGGCACCCCCCCGCCGCCCCCCCCCCGCCCCAGCACUACCGCCUGGAGGACAUGGCCAUGGCACACCACUACCGCGACGCCUACCGCCACCCCGACCCCCGGGAGCUCCGCGAGCGCCAGCGGCCCGCCGCGGCGCACGGGACGCGGCAGGAGGAGGUGAUCGACCACCGGCUCACCGACCGGGAGUGGGCGGAGGAGUGGAAACACCUCAACAACCUGCUGAACUGUAUCAUGGACAUGGUGGAGAAGACGCGCCGGUCGCUGACGGUGCUGCGGCGGUGCCAGGAGGCUGACCGCGAGGAGCUCAACCACUGGAUCCGGCGCUACAGCGACGCCGAGGACAUGAAGAAAGGCAGCCCCCCCUCCGCCCGCCCCCACAACAGCUCCUCCGCCUCCGAGGCACCCCAGUUAGACGCUCACCGGGAGUUCACGCCGCGGCCCCUCUCUGGGUACAUGCCGGAGGAGAUUUGGAGGAAGGCUGAAGAAGCUGUGAACGAGGUGAAGCGUCAGGCCAUGUCUGAGCUGCAGAAGGCCGUGUCGGAUGCCGAGCGGAAAGCCCACGAGCUGAUCACGACGGAGCGAGCCAAGAUGGAGCGAGCCCUGGCCGAGGCCAAGCGCCAGGCUUCGGAGGAUGCCCUGACCGUCAUCAAUCAGCAGGAGGACUCCAGCGAGAGCUGCUGGAACUGCGGGCGCAAAGCGAGCGAGACCUGCAGCGGCUGCAACACCGCCCGCUACUGCGGCUCCUUCUGCCAGCACAAGGAUUGGGAGAAGCACCACCAUGUCUGCGGGCAGACUCUGCAAGGGCUGCCGGCCCCCGCCGCCCCCACCGCCGGCGUGGGGCUGCCACCGGGUCCAGGGCAGCCCGACGGGGUGGCCACCAUCGCCAGCAGCCCCAGCGAGACGGGCUCGGCGGCCGCUUCCCGCGCCGGCACGCCGGCUACCCCGGCUCCGCUGGAGAGCACGUCCCGCUGAGCCGCCCUCGGACUGCCGCCGCCGCCGCCGCCGCUGCUACCACCGCUCUCCAAAAGACACGGACUGCACUCGAUGCAAUUUCCUCAGCUACCUGACUCGUGUGACCUCCGAAACGACCUCUCUAGCUCUCACAAAUAAUCCUCACGGAUCCUCAAACUGGGCUUUAAGUGGAGUUAAGGCAAAUACCGGUCUUCUCUGUUCUCUCUUCGGUCUUUGUUUUGGCUUUUUUUGGUUGGUUUUCUAUCGGUUGGGGGAUUGUGGUUCAGGGGUUUUUUUUGUUGGGCUUUUUUUUUUGUUGUUGUUGUUGUUGUUUGGGGUUUUUUUCCUUUUUUCUUUCCGGAUGAGGGAUUUUGCUGCAGCCUCGCCAUGCAUGACGCGGGGAAAGGCUGGCCCAGCCCUGGCCCGCAUCGGCGCUGCUGAGGGGCUCGCUUGCAGGAGGAAAGAAACUUCUUCUCUUCGUCUCUCUCUUCCUUUUUUUUUUCUUUUUCUUUUUUUUCUUUUUUUCUUUUUCUUUUUUUCUUUUUUUCUUUUUCUUUUUCUUUUUUUCUUUUUCUUUUUUUUUGUAAAAAAAAUAAAGAAAAUAAAAAAGAAAACGUCGGACUCUUUGGCUUUAAGUAAGAAAUUGUAAAAAAGGAAAAAAAAAAAAGAAAAAAAAAAAGAAAAAUCCAAAAACCAGACGACGCCAAGUCAAGCCGCGUGACGGACGCUCACCUGUAACUACCUUGCUAGCUAGCCAAGAACAGACCAGACUCACCUCUGCUCCAAAGGAAAUCCAAAACCAAGGAAGAUCCAAACGUCUCUCCACUGCCAAAGUUCGUUUCGUUCUGUUGUCGCUUCCUUCCCCUCCCUGCAAGGAUGGACGGAUGCGCCCCCGGGGCUUUAAAGAGUUUCUAUUAAAAAAAAAGCAAAAAAAAAAAAAGUGGUUUUUUAAAAAAAAAAAAAAAAAAAGCAAGCCCCCGAGGCAUGGGAGGGGGCGAUGGUGGCUGAGAACCGCCUGGGUGGGCGCAGCCGGAGCCGGCACAUCUCUACCUCUGCCCGCCGCCGCCCUGGGAAAAAAGAGAAUUAAAAAAAAAAAAGAGAUUAAAAGACAGAUUUUGGUUUUCUCCCUUCCUGAAGCCGUCGGGAGCUGCCUGCGGCCAGAACCCCCCCCAGCCCCCCGCUGCCGGGCUGCUCCCACACCCCGCGUUGGAUUUAUUUUGCAAGGAUUUUUAAGAGGAAAAAGGAAAGGAAAGGAAAGCGAGCGCAACCUCCUUCCUGGCCGAGGAGGCAGCCAAGGACGAUGUUGAUUAUUUUGUAUUUCUCGCAUCAUUGUACAAAGCGCAGAGGACGGGAGUGCAAUACGGAAAGUCCCCCGGCUCCGAGGAGGGAAGCCCCGUGCGGGGCAGGAGUGCUGUACGCUAAUGUGAAUGUAAAUAGUGUUUUGCAGAGGUCCAAAUAAUAAUAAUAAUAAUAAUAAUGAUAGUGAUAAUAAUAAGAGACAUUUGCCAAAUAAAAGAUGAUGAGAACCCGCUGGAGGCUGUGGCGUGGGGGAGCAAGGCCGGUCGGAGGCGAACAGAAGUCGUGUGCUCGCUAGGAGCUGUAGUUUUUCCGCAUUUGCAAAAACCAUCCUGUGUGUUUUCUGUAGGGGAGGAAGAGGAGGGAAGGGCUCGAGGCGGGGUGUUUGCGUUGCCAGUCACUCGUCACCCAGGGGCCCGGCUUGCCCUUCGCAGCUGCCUUGUGCCGUGCCACGCUGUGCCGUGCCGCGCCGUGCCGUGCCGCGCCGUGCCGCGCUGCAGUGGAGCUGGGUGCAUGGGCCACCCCCGAGGCGAUGUUACCGGCCCCGUGCCACCAGCACUGAGCCUUGCUGCAGCUUUGUGCACCCCAAGACAUCGGUGCAUCCCCUUUUUGGGGGGGGGUGUUCUGUGCACCCCAAGGCUUCGGUGCAUCGCCUGGGAGGAGUUCUGUGCACCCUCAGAUGUUGGUGCAUCCCCUGGGGGGUUCCUGUGCACCCCCAGACCUCAGUGCACCCCCCCGUGGGGUUUCUGUGCACCCCAAGACCUCGGUGCAUCCCCCCGGGGGGGUCCCUGUGCACCCUGAGCCUGGAAGCUUUGCCGGCUGCCCCUCGAGUGACUGUUCACUUUAUUUAUGGUGUGACAUAUGUAAUAUUGUCUAUUUUUCUUAUGUUUCCUGAGAAGAGGUAAUAUAUAAGAGUAUUGCAGAUGCACCUGCUGUGGGGCCACCUGCUCUCCCGGGCGUCCAUCCCGGCCCUGCCCUUCCCGCCACGCGUGUCCCCGCGUGUCCCCACGUGCCCCCAGCCCUGCUCCGCACCAGGGCUCUGCCUCUCUACCUCUGCCUCGCCGGGAAACCGUGGACGAGAGCAUUUCCACAGAGUCUGCUCUUGUUCCCCUCCCUUCUGUUUCGCUUUUUUUUUUUUUAAUUUUUUUUUCUUCUUUUUUUUUUUUAUUUUUCUAAAUAAUAAUAAAAAUACCCUACAGAACCUUGCAUUGAAACCAAAAGCCGAGGGAGGGAGGGGACGGGCGGCGUGGCGCUAGCAGACGUCCAAACCAGAAUGACAGCUUUAAAGUUCAUAUUUCCCAAAAAAUUAGUGAUGUGGGGAGGACGGCAGCGGCGGUGUGGCCGUGGGGCCACAGUGAUGCGGGCACGGAGGGGGCCGUGGUGGCCGGGGAGGCGCUGGCCGGAGCGGCGGGCGCUUCUACAGGGUUUUGGUUGGAAGUGGUUUUGGGGCGUGCAGGGGGACGCGUGCCCCGUGCCGUGUCCUUCGGUGGCUUUGUGGCAGCCGGGAGAUGGCAGAUGGGUGAGCCGCGUGGUGCCAGUGCAGCCCGACCGGGGGGUAGGGACACCCCAGCUCGGGGACACUGGGUGCUGGGGUGGCUAGGCACAGCCGUCUGCCGGAUCAGGUCCCCAUGGCCACCCACAGCUCCCCUUCUUGGGUUUCCUCCCCGCCGUCGUGGCUGGGGCUGGGGGACGGUGUUGGCGGCGUGGGGCCAGCCUGCCCGAGGCCAUGGUCCCCACGGGGAGGCAGAGCCCGGGACGCUGGGUGCCGGGUGCUGGCUGUGGCACGGGGCUGGAGGAGGUGGCAGGAGAGACGUGGCUCUCCUCUGGCGCCGAGCGUGGCACUGGGGACCCAUCCCCAGCGGGCGAGGGGCUCUCCAGCUCUUUUCUUGCGUUCCCAACCUGAAAUCCCAGCUGAAACCAAAGUGCCGGGGCCCGGCGAGGCUGGGUGCCCCGGAGCAGGGCUCCCACACCUGCCUGGGCUUUGCUCCAUCACUGCCGGAGCCCCCCGCACGCCCCCCAGCCUCUCCUCACCCUCCUCCUCCGGGGCCUGCUGGGGUCCCCCUUCUUCCUCGGGGUGCCCCCCUGUAUCCCAGCGGGUUUGAGGUCAGGGACAAGAUGCCACCUUGUUCCCAGGUGCCAGGCACUGUGCUGGGGUGUCCCCACCUCGGUGGCAGCCCCAGUGGCUCCUCUGAUGCCGCCAAAUGACCCGGCCCCGGGAGGGAGGUGUCGUGCCGCCGUCCCCACUCGCUCACGGCUGCGCGGGCAGCACCGGUCCCCUGGUCCCGUGUGGGGCUGAGCCCUGCCCGCGUUACCCUGCCAGUCCUGGGGACGGGGAUGCUGGGGCAUGAGGGCUCCUGGGGGGGGCUGGAAACCAGAGCCCCCCACCAGGGCCAGGUGGGCACGGUGGCAGCCUGCCCCGCCCCACCGCGUGGGUUUUGGGGGCCAGCCCAGAGAGAUGACGUGGUAGGACUUUCCUUCGGCAUGCUGUCCCCCCCUUGCUGUUUCCCGCUUUCUCUAAGUGUACUGUAUGUUUGACCUGUGAAAGAUGUAAACUUUAUGAUUCAGGUUAUGUCUGUUCUUAACUCUGUAUCUGUGUAAUAAAGACCAUUUAAU